AUGGAUGCACAGAGUUCAGCCAAAAUGAACACAAGAAAGAGGAGAAAAGAGGUACCUGGACCCAAUGGGGCAACAGAAGAAGAUGGAAUUUCUUCAAAAAUGCCACGCUGUGCAAUUGGCUUACAGCAGCCAGCUCCUUUUUCUGACGAAAUUGAAGUUGACUUUAGUAAGCCCUAUGUCAGGGUAACUAUGGAAGAAGCCAGCAGAGGAACUCCUUGUGAUCGGCCUGUGAGAGUUUAUGCCGAUGGAAUAUUUGACUUAUUUCACUGUGGUCAUGCCCGGGCUCUGAUGCAAGCAAAGAACCUUUUCCCUAAUACAUACCUCAUUGUAGGAGUUUGCAGUGAUGAACUUACGCACAACUUCAAAGGCUUCACGGUGAUGAAUGAAAAUGAGCGCUAUGAUGCAGUGCAGCACUGCCGGUAUGUGGAUGAGGUGGUGAGGAAUGCCCCCUGGACCCUGACACCAGAGUUCCUGGCAGAACACCGGAUUGAUUUUGUAGCCCAUGAUGACAUCCCUUAUUCUUCUGCUGGGAGCGAUGAUGUUUAUAAGCACAUCAAGGAAGCAGGUAUGUUUGCACCAACACAGAGGACAGAAGGUAUCUCCACAUCAGACAUCAUCACCCGAAUUGUCCGGGAUUAUGAUGUCUAUGCCCGACGGAACCUACAGAGGGGCUACACAGCAAAGGAGCUCAAUGUCAGCUUUAUCAAUGAGAAGAAAUACCACUUGCAAGAGCGGGUUGACAAAGUAAAGAAGAAAGUGAAAGAUGUGGAAGAAAAGUCAAAAGAAUUUGUUCAGAAGGUCGAGGAAAAAAGCAUUGAUCUCAUUCAGAAAUGGGAGGAGAAAUCCCGAGAAUUCAUUGGAAGUUUCCUGGAAAUGUUUGGUCCAGAAGGAGCGCUGAAACAUAUGCUGAAAGAGGGGAAAGGCCGGAUGCUGCAGGCCAUCAGUCCAAAGCAGAGUCCCAGCAGCAGCCCCACUCGGGAACGCUCCCCCUCCCCGUCUUUUCGAUGGCCCUUCUCUGGCAAGACUUCCCCGCCUUCCUCCCCAGCAAACCUCUCCAGGCACAAGGCUGCAGCCUAUGAUAUCAGUGAGGAUGAAGAAGACUAAGUUUUCAUCCCUCCUUUCCUCUUCCCUCCCUCUGUCCCAUCACCUUUGGAAGCUCUCUGUUGAAUUUCAAAUUGUGAUUCCAACACUAAACCUAAGGACAGCUACAAAGGAAAGAAAGUUGGGGCAGGAGGAUGUAGGAUGGGAUCAGCAGCCCAUCCUCCAAGAGACAUCACCUAUCCACACGAAGAAAGAGGCUGACUACACCUCAGAAACCUGUUCUGCAUCCAUAUACCCUCCCUACAGACUUUGCUUUAUUGUUUAUGUUCAUGUGAUUUUGACAGGGAAAUUGUCAUUUUUAUUAAUUUUUUAAAAAUUAGUCUUUCAAAUGUUGUAAGUAGAACUAAUUCUUUGCCCCUGAGGAGCGGGCAGAAGGAAGUGGUGUAUUACCCAGAGGCCUUUUCUUCCUGAUACACUAUAGUGUUUACCUUCUGUUGGUGGCUUGCCAAGUCCUUCAAGCAAUGAGCCAUGCUGAUGAGUGAUUUCAGGGGGAGGGGAAAUAGCAUAAUUUUGGUGUCCUUAAAAAAAAGCUAAAAGCUGAGUAAACUCAGUCACAAACCCCCUCAAUGAACUGCUGGCACAUGUGUCAAUGUGGCUGUGAGAAGAAGAUCUGAGCCGAACUUUUCUUACUCCCUGAGGAGUUUCUUGUUGGACCCGAUGGGGUCCAUGGAAAGACACUGAUAUGGAUGGGACAGACCACAUGGCAUCAGCUGCGGUUUUCCUGCUGUGUUCAUCUUCUCAGAAAACUCUGUUGCCCAUUUAUUUGGGAGCUCUUGUCAAUCUCUUUCCUACAGUCUACCUUUGAAGGAAGGAACACUUUCAGGUUUAUUGUGAUUGGGGAGGGGAGUGGGACAGUACUCAAUCCUAUAAAGGAUCAGGUUAGGUUAAUUUUCCCAUCUGGGUGUAAGUACCUGGCCCUGCUAUUUCAAUGCUUAUUACCUAGCUUUUUACAGAGGAUACUUUGUAAAUGUCUGCAGUUUGAACAUGAUCUGUUAAUCCAUGUUGCUCAAAGCCAUAUUGAAUAUUUAGAGAGAUUUGCACAGAAUUUAAACACAAAAGUAUAAAGAAACACCCCCCCCUUCCUAAAGCCUUAUCUUGAACUCUCUCCUUCUUAAGAAUGUUCUUAACUGGAACUAAUGCUCCAGGUGGUGUUUCUUUUCCUCUGAAGGUUGCAGUGGUUGGGACUUCCCUCCGCUGCCCCUCCAGCAGGCCACAAAACAUUACAAGAGAAUGGCAGGUUCUUUCCCUUUCCCACGUGUGCCUGGUGGUUAUGGUCCCACUUCUGUUAGGUUGCCCAGGAGGAUUCGUCACUUAUAUACCACAUCAGAGAUGCUGAAGCUUAACACUUGCAGUUGAGCAUGAGCUCAUUUUAAGUCUCUAGCAUUCUGCAGCUACAUGACCGAGCAGACCAUCAUCUUCAAUAAUCCUGUAGCUGGGUUCAGGGGUAAAAUUGCUUAUGUCCAGGCCCCACCCUGUCACUCAUAAAUACCCCUUGUGGGGGUGGAGUUUUGGUGUUUUCAGCUAAGAAAACUGCAUUUUAUCUUUUCUUGCCCCUAUGCUAGGGCUGUGAGCAUCUCAUAGUCUCUUCCCUAAAUACUUUCUGGUAAAACCUGCUCUUCUGCCUGAGGAUCAGAGGCUAGAAUCACUGCCUGCUUGCACAGCAGGACUACCUAGUUUCCUAAAACUCCGAUCACCCAGAGAGACAGAGUAGAGACAAAGAGAGGGAAAUCUCUUGUUGUCCUGAUGGCUUAUGUAAACUACAUUUCUGACUCUUCUCAUGAAGUGCUAUUUUUGCUCUCAAAUAUGGUUUACAUGAGCUUUGACUUGGAAUCCUUUUUUUGAAACAGUUCAAGUUCUUGUUUUCCUACAUUAACCAGCUUCAUAGGAUCACAUAUUUUAACUUUUCUGCUCUAGUCUUCCCUCUUUGGGCAUUCUGCCUAUCUCUGUCUUAUUCUCCCUAGUAUAGAAAGAUGAUGAAAUCAUCACUGAAGAUCACCUACCUGUUCCCUCAAAGUACAUAUUGGCCAAGUGUAUUUGGCAAGGGAGAUGCUCAGAAUGUGGUUUUCCUCCCUGCAUGUCACUCCUCUCAAGUUUACUGUCUGGACCUCUUCCUCUGCUCUGUCAAUGGGCUACUUUGGGCAUUCCCUGCCCUUGGAAUAUAACCGCUGUGCUAAUAAGUUCUGGGAGACCGCCAGGGCCAGCAUAUGCACAAGUGCUUGGAAAGCCCUCUCACCCCUUUUGAUGAGCCUCUGUGGCCUCAGUCUCCUAACACUAGUGCAUCCUCAAAUAAUUUUGACUUAAGGCUAAAACUUUUAUUGUGUGGCAUAUUAGCUACUUUGGGAUAAAUGUGAUCCUAGGUGCUGGACAAGGAUGUGUGGAGGGAAGAAGCUGUUGGGAUGAUGUGUUAUUUGAUCAUUUGUGCCUAAUUAAAUGAAGUUAGUGGUUUGCCUACCAUGACCAUGCCUGUGAUCUGUAAGUCUUCUAUUAUUAAUUUUAAUAUUAACUAUUAAUAUUGAUUUCUAAUAUUAAUAUUAAUUAGCUAUUUCCCUGAAUCCCACACACAAAGCAAUAAGCCAAAUGUAGCAGAGAUGGGAGAGCCUUAAACACUGGUUGUCUUCAGAGCUCAGUCUGUAAGACAGAAGAAUGGAGACAAACCCAGGAGCUGGUGCUGGGGAGGUGCUACUUCAUUUACCUUGAGAUGGCU